AUGGAGCUAUUCCCAGCACAACCAGAUUUAUCUCUUCAAAUUAGCCCACCAAACAGCAAACCCACAUCAACAUGGAGGAGAACCGAAGAAGAGAUGGGUUUGGGGUUUUGGAAGAGAGCUUUGGACUCAAGAAACUCCAUGUCUUCAAUGGCAAAACCUGAUACUUUUUUCGAGCUCUCGCUAUCUAAUCCAAGGGUUUCCGAGCCUAACUCCAACCAUUUCCACAAUAUCCUCCAAAAUACUAACAAUUGUAAUGGUACCAAUCUUUUCCAUUCCUUUCAACAAAACCAGUUCACACACCACCAUCACCAACAAAACCGCCUCCAUAAUCAUCAUCCACUGCUCUUUCAACAGCAACAACAACAACAAGGGCUAACGCAAGAGCUUGGUUUCUUGAGACCCAUUAGAGGGAUUCCUGUCUACCAAAACCCUCCUUCUCCUUUUCCUUUCUCUCAGCAAACUUUAGAUAAUACCUGCUCUCAAGCUUCUUCUUUGGCUACUAAUAACACUAGUGCCACAAGUUUAAGUCCCUAUCAGUCUCAAGGGUUGAUGAGAUCAAGAUUCAUAUCUAGGUUUCCAGCUAAAAGAAGCAUGAGAGCACCACGGAUGCGUUGGACCACCACUCUUCAUGCUCGCUUUGUUCAUGCUGUAGAGCUAUUGGGUGGCCAUGAAAGGGCUACACCCAAGUCAGUUCUUGAGCUUAUGGAUGUGAAAGAUCUCACCUUGGCACAUGUUAAAUCACAUUUACAGCUUUUUGCUUGGAAGAAUGAACCAGAGAGAGAGAAAGAGAGAGAGUAUUAUCGAUUUCAGGAAUCAAGUAAGACAAAGCCCAAGGAAUUCAAAAUGAGCCAUAGCCAAGCCGAGACAACACAAUCGGAUGUGUUUGAUAAUGGAUCCUCUGGAGAUACUUCAGAAGAUUUGAUGUUUGACAUUCAAAAUCCUACAAGGUCAGAAAUGUCAAUGCAACAGGGAAGACCAAGUGCACACCAGGACAAGGACUAUCACGCUCUUUGGAGCAAUUCUUCAAGAUCUUACUUAAGGCAACCCAUUGAAAAAUGGUCUUUGGUUAUUCGACAUUCUACAAGUAAGGAAGCCCCAAUUAUGAUUUCUAAAACAAAGUUUGGAAUACUUCCAUGUAGUAAGGACAAAGCAGAUGCAAAUUGCAUCGAUAUCGUAACACUUGUGUGUAAUGGGCUAUCACAUGGGGAAGCUUUGUUGCAUGGGAAAUUAAUAAAGGAUUCUGGCGGAAACUUACCCCCACUUGAGAAGGACAUGGAUCCAAAGUGCUUGAGCUAUGAAAGAACGUCAGAUGUAAGCUCAUCGACCCUUUCAGGGACAAGCCCCAAGAAGCCUAAUUUGGAGUUCACUUUGGGCAGGCCACAUUGA